UUUCUGCCCAACGGUCAUAUAGAAUUAUUAUAGAAGAUCAUUAUAUGUUUUAAUUUUGACCAAUGUUAAAUUAAAGCACGCAAGAUUUAUUUUAUAAUAUUCUCACACAUUCUGAAUUUUAUUUUCAGGAGCAAAUGCUUUAACUUAUAUCUCAUCCAUCAGGCCCCUCGGUGGACGAAAUUGCAGCUCAUGGAGAGAGAUGGCGCUUGCGUUGUCCGAGAUAGACUCCUGCACUGACGACUCCGUGCCCCGUUGCACCACCUAAGCCUGUCAGGGGAGAGAGUGAGAGUGCUGAUGAUUUCACUAUUCAACAGAAUAAUCACGCUCCACUUGUUUCAGUUUAUCAGCUUGAGAAGGCAAAAAGGGACAAGUCGAACAGAAAAUGCAUGAUGGUGAUCUAGUUAUCCAUAGUGGAAACCAUUAGGGGAGCAAUCCCAGAGUGCAGCUCUGCCACUUGAGUAUCUCAUGAGAGUGGAGGGUCAGUUUACUGGUUCUUCAAAGGCUUACGUAAAUACUCUGAUAAAGAGGUUAGUGUCUGAGAAGUAUACUGGUGGAGAAGUUAGAGAGCACAUUCUGAGGCUGACUAACAUAGCAGCCAAGUUGAAGCCCAUGGAGAUGGCACUUCCAGAGGCCUUCGUAGUCCAUGUGAUUUUUGCAUCAUGUCCCAAAGAGUUUGAGACAUUUACUGUGAAUUAUAAUUCACAGCUAGAGUACUGGGGCAUUGAGAAGCUCAUUGCUAUGUGCGUCCAGGAAGAGGAUAGGAUCAAGGCUGCAUGUGGUGAUUCUAUCAAUCACGUGAAGCAGGGCAAAAAAAGGAGUUUCUACACCAAGAAGUCCAAACCACCAGUGAAACCUCACUGGGAUAGCUCCUCCUCUUCUAGGUCACAUGGAAAGGCUCCAAUGGAUGAUAACCAUGAUCACCAUCAGAAAGCAAGUCAGAAGAAGCAAGUAGAUAAGCACACUUGCUUUUGGUGCCAUCAGAAGGGAUACUAUCAAAAGGACUGUGUGAUUUUUCUGAGGCAUCUAGCUAAGAAUGGGAUUCCAUACGAGGAGGAUCUUGCAAAGAGGAGAAAGAACCAUUAGAGUUGCUAAUGGUGUUGAAGCUGAAGUUGAAACCAUAGGAGAACUCCCAUUAGAAUUACUUAAUGGUUUUGUACUUCAUCUUCAAGAUGUUCUAUUUGUACCCUCGUUGCGAAAAAACUUGAUUAGCGUCUCUCGCUUAGAUAGCGAUGGAUUUUCAUGUCAUUUUGGUGAUGGACAAUGUUAGAUUCAAUAUAAUAAUGUGUGUUGGUCUUGUCUUCUAACAAGACAAGCUUUAUUUGUUAU